GACGCGCUCGAGCCCGCACCACGCGACAGGGACGGACAAGAUGGCGAUGAGUUCAGCACCGGAGGAGUUUCUGCCGUGAAGGAGCAGCGAGACACCACGAUGCCCUGGGAGGCUCCCGUUUCUCAGCUCACCAUGGUAAUAUGAGGCCAGUGUGAAACGUUGACCCGCUCACACAGACUCGCACACAGACGGUCAGUUAUUGACUGACGCAGCCAGUCGGCAGGCAGGCGUGUGUAAUGGACAGGUGUAAGCAUGUGGGGCGGCUGCGGCUGGCCCCGGACCACUCCAUCCUCAACCCUCAGAAGUGGCACUGCGUCGACUGCAACACCACCGAGUCUAUAUGGGCCUGCCUGGGCUGCGCUCAUGUGGCGUGCGGCCGCUACAUCGAGGAACACGCGCUGCAGCACUUCCAGCAGCAGCGCCACCCGUUGGCUAUGGAGGUUAAUGAACUUUACGUUUUUUGCUACUUGUGUGACGACUAUGUGCUGAACGACAACGCUACCGGAGACCUCAAGCUGCUUCGUAGUACGCUCAGUGCCAUCCAGAGCCAGCGCUAUGAGGUUACUACACGCAGUGGGCGCACCCUCCGCUCGGCUAGCGCUGCCCCCGAUGCCCUCAUGCCAUGCGGUGCCCGCGAGCUGCAGCUGAAGGACGAGGAUAGGAUGUUUACUGCCCUCUGGCACCGGCGCCGGGCGCUUAUGGGACGUGUCUUUCGCUUCUGGUUUGGACUGACUGAAUGUGGACAGAAGAGGGAGGAGGAAGAGAGGAAGAGGGAGGAGGAGGAGGAUCAGAAAAGGGAAGCACGGGAGAGGAGGCGAGCUGUAAAGAGACAGCUACAGGAGGAGCUGGAGAAUGCUCCUCUGAGAAAGAGUCGCCGUUUACGUCGGAAGAGCCAGAGAGUUGCAGAUGCGGCGGUCACAACGGCAUCUCGGAGGGAAAUCAACAAGGUGAAAACCCCUACGUCCCCAACCUCCACCCGCAGGCCACGGACUCAAAGCCCAAGUACUGCUACCCCCCAAAAAGCUAGACAGACAAAAAAGGUCCCACCACCUCCAAGGCUCCGGAGCCAUUCUUCUGCCGCCAAAUCUAAGCCCAAAACAACCUCAGCGACCCCCCGUGCUGCCCAAACACCUGUUCGCCGCAAGCAAAGUACCAAACAGGGAGGCUCACCCUUUAAACGGCGUCCCACAGUCACUCCGGGAGUGACAGGCUUGAGGAAUUUAGGCAACACUUGUUAUAUGAACUCCAUCCUGCAGGUGCUAAGUCACCUGCACGUCUUCAGGGAGUGCUUUCUGCGCCUGGACCUGACCCAGGCUCUGGAGCUACUGGCAACUGCCGUCCACGGCCAACUGGCAGGGAAGUCUUUCUCCGACUCAGCCCUGUCCCAGAGGAAGGGGCUUCAGACCAGCUCCGGCUCUGGGGCAGGACUGAGCGGUGGAGCGUCACGCGCCCGCAGCAUGGAGCUGAUACAACCCAAAGAGCCGAGCUCGAAGCACAUCUCUCUCUGCCAUGAGCUGCACACCUUGUUCCAGGUCAUGUGGUCGGGCAAGUGGGCGCUGGUGUCACCGUUCGCCAUGCUCCACUCGGUGUGGCAGCUGAUUCCAGCGUUCAGGGGCUACGCUCAGCAGGACGCUCAGGAGUUCCUGUGCGAGCUGCUGGACAAGGUGCAGCACGAGCUGGAAAGCACCGGUAAGCACACGACCACCGCGGGAGUUCCACAGAAACGACUCAUCAAGCAGGUGCUCAGCGUCGUCAACACCAUCUUUCACGGCCAGCUCCUCAGCCAGGUCACAUGCCUGGCGUGCGACCAUCGCUCCAACACGGUGGAGCCGUUCUGGGAUCUGUCUCUGGAGUUCCCUGAGCGGUAUCACAGUAAUAGCAGGGAGUCAGCCGCGCAGGCUUCGUGCCAUCUGACCGAGAUGCUGGCCAAGUUCACAGAGACCGAAGCGCUGGAGGGAAACAUCUACGCUUGUGACCAGUGUAACUCUGCUCGCCGGCGGACCUCCUCCAAACCCGUCAUCCUGACCGACGCACAGAAACAGCUGAUGGUCCACAAACUGCCUCAGGUCCUGCGGCUGCACCUCAAACGGUUCAGGUGGUCUGGGCGGAACCACCGGGAGAAGAUCGGAGUCCACGUCAGCUUCGACCAGCUUCUGGACAUGGAGCCGUACUGCUGCCUCGAGCCCUCGCCCAGAGGGGCGGCCUGUUCCAGUCCCAGCAGCCCGAGCUCCCCCGGCUCGCCGCGCCCCAAGCACUUCCUCUACGAACUCUCCGCUGUGGCUAUGCAUCAUGGGAAGGGCUUCGGCUCAGGCCACUACACGGCCUACUGCUACAACACAGCAGGUGGCUUCUGGGUUCACUGUAAUGACUCUAAGAUGAACGUGUGUUCGGUGGAGGAGGUCUGCCGAGCUCAGGCCUACAUCCUCUUCUACACACAGCGAGUAACUCAGGACAAAGACCGGCCGCUAUAGGACCACGACCCCCUGAACCUCCUCCUCCUCCUCCUCCUCCUCCUCGUCGCCGCCUCCUCAGCGAGACGACACCAGCACAGCCCCACCUAUCGCUCUUUCUCUCUUCCCUCUCUUUCUUUGGGCAUUUCAUAUCCCGGGAGGAUGGGUCUUUUUUAGUCUAUUUUUCUAAAGGAAAAAGAAAAGAGAGGAAGAACUCCUUUUUUUAAAACCUGGUUCUGCUUUGUGAACUUCUUGUAUAUGGUGUUUAUAUGUAGGUAUUUUAAAAAAAAACGAGAAAAAGGUGGUGAUGUUUUGUGUACAGUUGAAUUUUUUAUUAUAAAUAAGAGUAUCAGCCAAGAUGUGUCUCGGUAGCAGCUGACAGAUUCUGACUACACACACGUACACGUGUCCUCUGCAGGUUGUACAGGUGGAUCCACGUGUCGGCCUCCCUGCGGUGGGGGCUUGUUGAUUGUAAAUUCUGUUUGUUUGUUUGAAUCAAGUGAAAUGUUCCUCAGUCACUUUAGAUAGUCAACACAGAACUGGAUGUCGGCUGUAAAACGUCACUCGCUCGCUAGAAAAUGGCCGCCCUGUUUCUCACAGACGUAAACGUGGUUUUUCCUGCCUGAAAUGCACUAAUCACGGCAGAACAGGUCGUUAGAACUCGGACUUCUUGAUAUUAGUUAGUUAAAAGAUCUGUGCACGUGCGGAAGUUUAUUUCUCACUCUGAAGUUCUCCUGGGUCUGUCAGGAAACACUGCAGACCCGAAGCCAAAGCCUUGAGGGGGAUGUUUGGAAAAAAAACUCCCAGCGUUUCCCAAACGGUUCCUCUUUUUUGUAACGGAGAAAAAGAAAAGUCUCCAAGAGGACGAUUUUGGGCUCAAUGCUGCCACCUCUCUGCUCCAGAAUGUAAUUGUCUUCGGAGUCUGAACCAACCACACAGAAACGAGCGUUCUUUAAAAGUGCCCUUUUGUCAAAAAGCUGAUAUUUUUAUAGUUCAUAUCAAGGCAGUGACGUGGAAUGUGCACGGCUGCCGUCCCACGCAAACCAGCAUCUAGAUAAUGAAUGUAUUUUUAUACGCAAUCCUUCUCAGAGGUUUUCUAGAAAAGAGGCCAUGGACUGUUUUUAAAGUUUUUAUACAAACGCUAUGAAUUCACCAGCAGCAGAUUUCACUGUUCUCCAGGAAGUGGGUGUGUGUACUGUACGUGUUUGGUAAAACAUCCUGAUUCAUCAUGAAUUCAGGAUGUGAUAUUUAUCUCCGUAUUGGAGAAACAGAAAAAAUCUCCACCUCAAUCGUGUUCCCUCAGGAUUUGUGUCAGAGGGAAAUUCAAAGCACACUUCAUGUUUUUAUUUACCGUCUUUAUCAUCGUGACACAUUGUAUUUUUUUGGUUACUACUCCAUGGAUUUAUGUGUGUGUAAAUUUAUGGAAGUUAUACUAUGCAAAUUGUUACCUCAAUUUUUUUUCUAGAGAAAAUUACCUCAAUAAAUGAGAAUAUUUUUUCAUUUUUCUACAUAA